GGAUACCUUGCAGAUCUUUUUCCAUUCGUGGGGGGUUGAACCGCGGCAAGCGGUCGUCCGGGUACGCUUCUCGAUUCCGGGUCUCACGAGCGACGUUCCGUCAAUGUUUGGACGUCGGACGACGCCUGGUGCAGAACAAGACAAUGUUGCUCGGCCGUUCUUGCAGAAGUCGUUUCGUCAGCUGGGAGUAACGACGUCGACGUCGUCUUUCGGAGGCUUCGGCGACAUUUAUUCAUUUUUUGCCGGGCUUUGUGGACAGCGGACUCAAACUGGCGGAAAUGGACGAACAAAGCGUGGAGAGCAUCGCCGAAGUGUUCCGCUGCUUCAUCUGCAUGGAGAAGCUGAGGGACGCUCGCCUGUGCCCGCAUUGCUCCAAGCUCUGCUGCUUCAGCUGCAUACGGACUUCAGAUGCCCGAGCGUCCCAAUUGCGCGUGUGUCCGCAUGCAGGGCUCCACUCCAGCUGAGGGAGCUGGUGAACUGCCGCUGGGCCGAAGAGGUGACGCAGCAGCUGGACACGUUGCAGCUGUGCAGCCUCACCAAGCACGAGGACAACGACAUUAAAGACAAAUGUGAGAACCACCACGAAAAGUUGAGCGUCUUCUGUUGGACGUGCAAGAAAUGCAUCUGCCACCAGUGCGCUCUGUGGGGCGGCAUGCACGGCGGCCACACGUUCAAGCCGCUGGUGGAGAUCUACGAGCAGCACGUGAGCAAGGUGAAAGAGGAGGUGGCCAAGCUGCGGCGACGCCUCAUGGAGCUCAUCAGCCUGGUGCAGGAAGUGGAAAGGAACGUGGAGGCGGUGCGGGGAGCCAAGGACGAGCGGGUCCGCGAAAUCCGGAACGCGGUGGAAAUGAUGAUCGCCCGUCUGGACAACCAGCUGAAGAAUAAACUCAUCACGCUCAUGGGCCAGAAGACGUCCUUGACCCAGGAGACGGAGCUGCUGGAGUCCAUCCUGCAGGAGGUGGAGCACCAGCUCCACUCGUGCAGUAAGAGCGAGCUGAUCUCCAAAAGUCCGGAGAUCCUGCUCAUGUUCCAGCAAGUCCACAGGAAACCCAUGCAGUCCUUCGUCACCACGCCGGUGCCGCCCGACUUCACCAGCGAGCUGGUUCCGGCGUACGACUCCAGCACGUUUGUUCUGGUCAACUUCAGCACCCUGCGGCAGCGGGCCGACCCGGUCUACAGCCCUCCUCUGCAGAUCGCCGGACUCUGUUGGAGGCUCAAAGUCUACCCGGACGGCAACGGCGUGGUUCGCGGAAACUACCUGUCGGUCUUCUUGGAGUUGUCGGCCGGACUCCCCGAAACCUCCAAGUACGAGUACCGCGUGGAGAUGGUCCACCAGGCCUCCAGCGACCCGAGCAAGAACAUCAUCCGCGAGUUUGCCUCCGACUUUGAGGUGGGCGAGUGCUGGGGCUACAACCGCUUCUUCCGCCUGGACCUGCUGGCCAGCGAGGGCUACCUGAACAUGCAGACGGACACGCUGGUGCUACGAUACCAGGUGCGAUCGCCCACUUUCUUCCAGAAGUGCCGAGACCAGUACUGGUACAUCAGCCAGCUGGAAUCGGCUCAGAGCGGCUACGUCCAGCAGAUCAACAACCUCAAAGAGAGGUUGGCCAUCGAAGUGUUCCGCCAGCGCUCGUCGCGCAGCUCCUCGCCCCCCGACCCGAGGCCGGCGGCGGUGGCGGGCGGCGGUGCCGCUUCCCAACGAAACCCCCGCCCCGCCAAGAGCGGCGGCGACGCCGGCGACCGAGACGAGCAGAGCGGCGCGCACGACGACUCCAACGUGAGGAAGCGCGCAAGUGUGCGAGCGAGCGGCGAGAGACUUUGCCUGACUUUGCCUUUUGUCCUUGGGCAGCUGUCGGACGGCGACCUGGAGGCCGACUGCCUGACCGAGGAGGAGGUCAACCCGCUGGACGGCAGCAGCACCUCGGGCAGCUCCACGGCCACCAGCAACACCGAGGAGAACGACAUCGAUGAAGAGACCAUGUCAGGCGAGAACGACGUGGACAUCAUCGGGAACUUGGACGCCGAGGAAGGGGAGCUUCCCGACGACUUGGACGGAGCCUCAGGCGGCGCCGGCUCCUGUCUGCGUUCCGCACUUCUCGGCUCCGCCAUUGGCCGGGCCGCCGGCGGAGGAGGCGGGGCGUCUUCGGCCGCCAACGGCGCGACCGGCGGCGGCCUCCUGGACAUCGACCCCGUCGUCCUCAUCCAGCUGCUGGAUCUGAAGGAGCACAACGACACCGAGUCCCUGUGGGGCCUUCAGCCUCGGCAUCCGGCGUCCCUCCUACACGGCCAAGCCGGUCUACCCUCCAGGAAAGAGCGGGAGCGCCGUCCGCAGGUGGUGCGCCGCUCCCCCCCGGACUCUGCGGUGCUCGUCCGCCUCAAGGCGCAGAUGGCCGAGGUGCGCAGCAUGAUGUCCGACGUCAAGAGCCAGGUGAUGGAGGCCCGCGCGGCCGGCGACGUCAGACCGGGCCCGUCGGGAAUCUUCGGGGCCGACGGGGCGCCCUCGCACCGCGCCGACCCGGAGUCGGCGGACGGACGCAAGCCCCGUGAGCUGACGCUGCUCGGCAGGGUGGCCUCGGCUCGCUCCAGGCCUUGCCGUCCCGGACGUAAAUGCCCGCCGUCCGUCCUGGAAAGCAGCAACGCCCCGCUGGGUCACCAGAGGAGUCCCGAGCAGACGGAGAAAGACUCGGAAGGAGCGGACGCGGCCGCGGAACCCAACCCGCAUCUCAAAGAGGCCGCUGACGGAGCGGCGGAUGGCGCUCGGGUCUCCGGCGAGCGGCCGCAGCCGUACGCGCCAGCGGGGCCCGGGGACGACGACAUCUUCUCCGCCGUGGGAUCCGGCUACCUGCCGGCCCCCAACGGCUGCGGCGGCAGGAACCUGGGGGCAGCUGUGUCGCACUCUGAAUCGGAAAGCUCAGGAAACUCCCAGCAUUCCUUGCUCGAGGGACCAUCGGCGCAGACGCAGUCCAGUGAAGAACCGGCGCCGUCCGUCCCGGCGACGAGCAGCGAGAGCGACACCGAAGACGAGGAUGCUCCGCGCUGCGGCAACUCUCGCUACGACAACCCGAUUCUCCCCUGCACAGGGGAUGAGUCGCUCUCAGAAGACAUGACGGACAGAUGAUGGAGCCCUCGCCCCCACCGCAACAAACUACUUUCCACGAUCGCUACCAUCUUUGCACCAAAUUACUGUUCCAUUCGCCUGCAUGAUUUCGAUUUAUCAAAUCGUUUUUUUUUUUUUUAAUCAUAAAAGCUCUACAUCUGUAAACGUCGUCAUCGUGGAGAGCGUCUGUGAGCAUCACUUUUAGAAUGCACGGAAACUGACAUUCGGGCUGCUAAAGAAAAGACUUUUUGCGCACUUUACAAGCGUCCAUUCCCUUUUUGUGCACUGAGCCAUAUUUGGUGGUGGAAGGACGUGACCCUCACCGAGUGGUUAUUUUGGACUUCCAGGAUGCGGUACGCGUGCACGUCUUGUUGCUAAUGGGCUGGUUUCGUUUGGAAUUGAGCCACGGGAAACAACGCCACCACCUGGAAUUGUGAAUUUGACCUUUUGUUUGUUGCCAAUGCACUGAUCCUUGUUUUUCACAUAAUAAAGGCAAUUUUAGCAUCA